CAGGCAUCCAAUGUUUGGCAAAAGACCCUUGGAAUCAUGGGAUGAACAUAUCCCUCAUUUAUCUGCCUCAGUACAGAAAUUGUUAUCACCGCCCUCAUUAGCUUCACGUUGGAAACGACGACGGUGACGUUGUUCUAGUUGCGCAUUAAACCAGUCAUCGUGAGCACUGCCACAAAAGUGCGCGUCGCCAUUAAUAUCCAUUGGUCCGUGAUUGCUGUCGCCAAGGCCUCCCAACGACUCCCUCCCUUCGCGCAUAAAACCCACCAAGACCGGAUACGAUAAUUGCCUGAAAUUGGGUAUAAGGAUACUGCUAGCUUUCUCUCGGGUGCUGUUUUCUGUUUUGGCUCUGCCUGCGUUAGCAUGUGUCUUGGUUCAAUACGCUCUCGACUUGUCUACCCUACCAUCUAAUCAUCGGUUUUACGUUUACCAGGGAGUGCGCAGUUCAUGAUGGCUGGCCAAGAGGGUAAACAGUCGCUGCAGCUCCAGAGAGAUGGAGAUGCUUCUUCGGGCAAUGCGACGCGCCUGGUUGAUGUUGGUGACUCCGCAGCCACGGAUGCACCUCCGGCGUAUAGUGAACACCAUGAUCAGUUCCAACUGAGCCAGGCUGGGUUUGCUGCAGGCGCCGCUGUGACCGACGAUGGUCGUGUCAAUAUCAACAUCAACCAAACGAGCUCUAGGUUUACAGAUCUGCUCAUCCCUGCCUUGAGAACCCAGACUCUACCCCAGGAAAAGAUCACGGAUCUCCCACCAUCAUACAUCCCUCCAAGCUUGGGUGGCUUACCCGGCCAAGCCCCACCACCAAAGCUCAAUGUCGUCGUGCAGAUAGUCGGCUCUCGAGGCGACGUGCAGCCCUUCGUGGCUCUAGGAAAGGUCCUCAAGGAUACGUAUGGCCACCGCGUGCGCAUAGCCACGCACCCUACCUUCAAAGGCUUUGUCGAGGAGAACGGCCUUGAGUUCUUCAGCAUCGGCGGCGACCCGGCUGAGCUGAUGGCCUUCAUGGUCAAGCAUCCCGGACUGAUGGUGCCCUUUGAGGCCAUCAAGGACGGUGAAGUCAAAAAGCGCAGGAUGGGAAUCGAGGAAAUAUUGCUCGGCUGCUGGCGUUCUUGCAUAGAGACUGGAGACGGCUCCGGACCACCGCCGCAGAUGCAUAAACCCAACGAGCCCCUGGAUGAGAGGUUCUUCGUUGGGUCUCAGGGGCAUCAGCCGUUUGUUGCCGACGCCAUCAUUGCGAACCCUCCCAGCUUUGCACAUAUCCAUAUUGCUGAGAAGUUGGGAAUCCCUCUGCAUAUGAUGUUCACGAUGCCUUGGUCACCUACGAAAGCCUUCCCUCACCCUUUGGCCAACAUUCAGUCCAGCAAUGCCACCGAGGUCAUGACCAACUAUGUUUCCUACACUCUAGUUGAAAUGAUGACUUGGCAGGGACUCGGUGACGUGAUCAACAGGUUUCGUCUGAAAACUUUGGAUCUGGAACCCCUUUCUUUGAUAUGGGCGCCUGGGCUUCUUGCGAGGUUGAGAAUACCCACCACGUACUGCUGGUCGCCUGCGCUGAUUCCUAAGCCAAACGAUUGGAAUCCUGAAAUCUCCAUUUCUGGCUUCUACUUCCUUAACCUUGCGUCAUCUUACACGCCUGAGCCCGACCUGGCCGCCUUUUUGGCGGACGGGCCCCCUCCUGUUUACAUAGGGUUUGGAUCCAUCGUGGUGGACGACCCUAAUGCCUUGACAAAGAUGAUAUUCGAAGCUGUAACAAAGACUGGCGUCAGGGCUUUGGUUUCGAAAGGAUGGGGUGGCAUUGGAGCCGACUCCAUUGGCAUUCCUGAUGGCGUUUUUAUGCUGGGCAACUGUCCGCAUGACUGGCUCUUCCAACAUGUGUCAUGCGUAGUACACCAUGGUGGUGCUGGAACAACCGCGGCUGGCAUCAAGCUGGGGAAGCCAACCGUUGUGGUUCCCUUCUUUGGAGAUCAACCAUUCUGGGGCUCGAUGAUUGCGAGGGCUGGGGCUGGCCCUGAGCCAGUUCCUUACAAGAAGCUGGAUGCCGAAUCACUAGCUGCUGCUAUUCGCAAAGCGCUGGAGCCUGCGACACUGGCCAAAGCCAAAGAACUUGGUGAAAAGAUUCGAGAAGAGCAAGGCUGCGAUGUUGGUGGCAAGAGCUUCCACGAUUUUCUAGACACCGAUAGUCUAAGAUGUUCACUGGCGCCUAGUCGUGUCGCUGUAUGGAGGGUUCGUCGCUCUAAAGUCAAGCUUAGCGCAUUUGCCGCUGCUGUUCUCUUGGAGAAGAAUAUGCUCGAGCAGUCUGAUUUGAAGCUAUAUCGCGCCAAGGAGUACACCACUGAGGGUCAACCAUGGGAUCCCAUCUCAGCAGUUACAGCUGCACUUAUUGGUGACGUUGGCACAAUCGCAAUGACCAUUUCUGAUGUGCCUCGGGAGCUUUUCAAGAGCAGAAAAAAGGUACCCGGCACGCCUGGAACACCGUCUGCAGACGGCAAACCACAGACCGACACUGCUUCCAUUGCAACAUCUACAACAGCUGUUGCCAGUUCGGCAUCCACAAGCGCCGUCUCUAUUCCAAACCUCACCUUGAGUGGUCCGGAACAUGAGAAGAAAGGAAAUGCUUCCGAAGAGCAUAUCGGUGCCUCGGGUGCAAGGUCCCCUGGAUCGCCACAUUCCGCGACAGCAGCUCGAACCCCUGAAGUUCAGCACCAAAACAACUCUGGCCAGGAGGCCAACCGAACGAGGAGUCAGUCUCCAGGUGUGACGGUGCAGACAGCCAUCGAUACUGGCAAGGGCGUGGCGCGUAUUGUUGACGCCGGCUUCAAGACUCCGAUGAACUUCUGUCUUGGUCUAGCCCGUGGCUUCAGAAAUGCACCCAGACUCUACAAUGAUGACAGUGUCCGUGCACCCGAGAGAGUGACCGAUUUGGGCUCCGGGCUAAAAGUCGCUGGUAAGGAGUUCGGUCUUGGACUGUACGAUGGAAUCUCUGGCCUCAUCACUCAACCCCUGAAGGGAGCCCAGAAAGAAGGUAGUGUCGGCGCUAUCAAGGGUUUCGGCAAGGGAAUCGGUGGUAUCGUCCUCAAGCCGGCGGCAGCUUUCUGGUCGAUACCGGCUUACACAAUGCAGGGCGUCAACGCGGAGAUCCGUACGAUAUGGAGCAAGAGCUGGCAGAAUUACAUCGUCGCAUCCAGACUUGCGCAAGGUCGACAGGAUCUCGCAAAUUCGUCUUACCAAGAACGUGAAGAUAUAACUCUCCGCUGGUCUUGCAAGAAUGAGGAAUUGAAGGGAUACUUUCAACUCAAGCACAAGUCAAAAGAUUCACAGAACGGAGCUCGAUCCCCUUCGGCAAUAGGUUCGGCCUCCCCGGGUAUUGUUUCAAGCUCAUCGGUUCCCCCAGCUGCUGGACCUUCUAGCCUGGCAGAGCCGCCGAAGACAGGCUUCUGGCACACUCGUAAACUGUCAUUCGAGAAGCGGAAAGAGCUCCAUGCUCAAAGGGAAGCGUGGAAAAGGGGACAGGCCGGUGGAGGAGGCAGUGCUUCGACUGCUGCGCCGCCACAGGCUAACUUCGAAGACGAGGACCUGGAGCGCGCCAUUCGCGAGUCUGUAAAACAAACGUCCAAUGGAGAUCCCGAAGAAGAUGUCAGGAUCGAGCAGGCAAUUCGUCAGAGUGUUAGCGAGAUGCACAGGCUCGAGAACAACAGCGAGAAGGCCAGCCUAAAGUAUCCCGAGCCGGCGGUGACUGCAGUAGCCGCCCAGUCCUCGGACGACAUCAGCGACGAGCAGUACCAGGCUUUGAUUGAAGAAGCCGUAAGGCAGAGUCUACAAAGCCAUAACAGGGCAUGCAGCUCCCAUAACAACAGCAAGGCCGUUGAUGGCGGCGGCGACGAUGAUGAGCAGCUUCGACUUGCUAUCAAGCAGUCGAUGGAACACGGGCAAACUAUUUCCUACGGCGGAGGCGAAACGGACGAGGAUCUCAAGCGAGCUCUGUACGAGUCCGAAACCGCACAUCGGGAGCAACAGCGCCGGGACGCGGCUGCCCGGACCGAGGAAGAGGUGGUGUUGGAGUACAUCAAGAAACAGAGCCUCGCGGAAGGGGAAUAUGCGCGCAAGGGCAAAGGAGCAGCGGGUUCUCCUCCCGUGACUAGGGAGGAUGAGGAGCAUGAUGAGGAUUUGAAGAGGGCGUUGGAGGAAAGCCUGAAGAUGAGUUCGGGACGCCCGGGUGGUUCCUCUGGGCAGUAAGUGGAGGUGUACAGAUGAACAGGCAGCAUUUUGCCAACACAUGACUACAAAAUGGGUGGAAUAAAAGGAGAUAAUGAUGCGAUCAUGUUUAUUAUGUCAAUUAGCUCGAUAUAUGUCCAAGAUUUAUGUGAGGAUUGCGGUGGAGUGCUUUACAUUGGGCAGCGGGAGUAUGGGUGCCAAAAUAUGUCCUAUAUGAAGCGUUUGCUGCUUUUAAAUCUCUCAGCAUCUCCUCAUCGAGAGCCUCAAUACUGUGCGAGGCGUCAAUGUCAGUUUAAAAAUGACCAGGAUCAUAUCUCAACCUCGGCCUCCACUUCAUACGCAGCGUCCUCUUCCUCAUGUUCACCG